ACGCGAAGCAAAGCAACAACGCGCGCAGAGACGACCGAACGCGCCGCUGCUUAUUCCGAUCGAUCCGCCGCCGGCGCCCGGCCGGCCCCGCCGGAGGAAACUCGUUUACUAGCUUCCAGCAUCGCCACGACGACGAGUCCGUACGUCAUCGGCUUGAUCGAUCGAUCGCCAUCUGAAGAAGAAGAAGAGGUGGGGAGCUAGCUAGGAUCGGAGCAAAGAAAAGACUAGCUAGCUUGGCAUGGAGCUCAUCAUCAGCUUCGGGCCACAGGAGCAGGUCGUAUGGCCGGCUUCGGUUCUCGCCGGGAUCGCCAUGUGCGCAGCUGUAUACGACUUGACUCGCCAAGUUAGCUCUCGGUGCUUCAAGGGGUAUGAUGGGCUAAACGAGAUGCAUAAAGUUGAGUGGAACAAUAGGGGAUUCUCUACGUUCCACGCGUUGGCUGCUGCGGCGGUCUCCUUCUAUCUGCUGCUGCUAUCUGACCUUUUCAGCGAGGACGGCGGUCUCAUAGUAGACAGAAAAUCAUGGCUAUCUGAUGGCAUGUUCGGGGUCUCUCUUGGCUACUUCUUGACAGACUUGGCGAUGAUCCUGUGGUAUUUCCCUCGCCUAGGCGGAAAGGAAUAUCUCUUGCACCAUGGAGUUUCCAUGUAUGCAAUCUCUCUUGCCCUGUUGAGCGGCAAAGGCCACUUCUACAUCCUCAUGGUCCUAUUCACUGAAGCAACCACUCCCUUCGUGAACCUUAGAUGGUAUCUGGAUCUUGCAGGCCGGAAGGGUUCUAAGCUUUACUUGUACAAUGGACUAGCGCUGUUCGUCGGAUGGCUGGUUGCUCGGGUCAUAUUGUUCGUGUACUUCUUCGCUCACAUGUACCUGCAUUUUGAUCAGGUGAGGACAGUGUUCCCGCUGGGGUUCUACAGCAUGCUGACGGUGCCGCCGUUGCUCUCCCUGAUGAACCUCGUCUGGUUCUGGAAGAUCUGCAAGGGGAUGGUGAAAACUCUCUGCAAAACGAAGCAGAGUGUCAGUGCAAAAACGGAUUAGGCUGUAGCAACUAGCAACGGAGAUUUUAUUGGUGACCUUUUUUAGAGUAAAAGCUAAAUUGCUUUACCGUUUUUUCGGAGCCUCCUUCAAUUCAGGAGAAAGCGAUUGUUUCAGUGAUGUUCAGUAAGAAACAGAAGCAGGAGUGACAGACCUGCUCGU